CAUCUACAUCAACCGCGGUGCUUCGUAUAUCACGGAGCUUUCACUUUUCAGGAAGAAUUCUCUGUCACGAAGUUUUCACAUACCUAGAAAUCUUCGCAUACCACGAACUCCCCACACUCCGCGAACUCUUCAUAUAUCACGAACACUUCACCAAUUAUGCGAUAUCACUGAUGGAAGUGGCGUUUACGUAUCCCAGCCAGAACCUCUACCGUCUCAACUGAGCUCACCUGCUUCCAAGCCACCCAAAUCUCAUCGUUUGGCAGGCACACCUCCAGGUCUACCAAGUCGCAUUGCCUCCCUCACUGAGAUCAUUCAUCUUCCAAAUCAACCAGACCCAAUGGCUUCUUCAGACGUAGAGUCAUCAGCCUACUUUCACACCAGCAUCUGCAAAACCCUCUGCGACACCAUCGACGAUCUCAUCUGUGCUGGCCGCAUUGAGCCACAUCUUGGCGCAAAAAUUCUCGAGAACUUUGUGCCGAGUGUCAAGAAGGCAUUUGCGGAGCAUGUGAGGGAGGUUGUGAACAUGAAGGGCCGACUCCAGUACUAUCGCAACUUUGAGAACAAAUGGUGGUGGGUUGUGCGCGACUGCACGGUGAAGCUCCGGACGGGAGUUUAUGUGGAGAUGAUGUAUGUGGAUAAGCUGCGGAUCGUGGGAUAUCCGCCUGGUGACGAACCAAAUGGAAAGAAGGGGGGCGGUUUGGAGCCGGUAGGAAGGAAGGUGAAGCAGAAUACCAAGCGGAAGAUCAACAAGGAGGUCGAGCAGGAUACCAAGCAGGAUACCACGCAGGAAGUCAAGCAAGAUAUCAAGCAGGAGACCGAAUAGGACGUAGAACGGGCCAGUUGGAGGUGGAGUUUGAAUGGUGAUGGUGCAUAUAAGUGCGAGGUGCUUGAAGGAAAUGGAUGUCGAGCUGGACACCUAUGUCUGGCGAAUAUGGACUCCAAGGUGGGUGCGUGGGUAGCUGCAUUAUUAUGAGCAGUGCCUGAUAGCCUGCAUAUCCUGGGUUUUAUGAUUUGCUCCAAAUUAUUAGAUAUAGG